ACUCAAAUGUUAAAUUUCAUGAACUUUCACUUUGUCCUUCUAGAUUUUUUUCCUUCACUCACUAAACAGUUUGCUGAACAUUGUUUCCUUCUUCUGUGAUUCUGCAUUAAAGACUCAUUUUCAGUAUCAGAUUUAAUAUUUGUAAGUAACAUGUUUUGUUGGAUUUUACUAUUAUUUUACUACUAUUUUACCUCUGUUUUUCGUUGUCUCACUGUGGAACUUCAGCUUCACAGAGCACAGAUAAACAAGAACAGUAAUUACCAAUCCUGUAGGAAGAAAGCGUUUUUCGGUCCCUUCUUAAAGAUGGCUGUAGUGUUUGGAUCAAAUUUAUGUUUCUAUUCAAUGAAUGCUCCUAAACCAACUUGAUCAGCUAACUGGUAUAGAGGUAUAUUGGUAUAGAGGCUGUACAAUACAGAGGAAAGAAAACAUAAUUGUUGUGCUCCGAGGGAAAAAGGGCACUGCUGUGACUAAGCACCACUAUAUCUUAAGUCCACAUUUCAGGAGAUCAACAAUCCACCUCACAGUGCCUACGUCACUGUUACUGUUGGUUCCAGGUGAACUGCAGACAGUCCGAUAAACCCUCAUGUUAUAGACUACUGGAUGACAGAAACCCCUUCAUGUUCUGUGAUAGACUUUUGAAUCAGGUUUUAUUACAGAUUAUUUUAAGUCCUCUUUAUUGUUACUGAUGACUACUUUCAAAUCAAACUCAUUAGAAUUUCUUCAAUGUAUUUUCAGUGAAGCUGUGAUACUUUUAUUUUGAAGGACAUCACAGGAAGUUGCUGUCAUUCUGACAGUCGUGUCAGAUAUCAGAGAUAAAAAUAAACGCUGCAGAGUUAAAUUUAAGGUGGACUGAAAUGUUUCUGUCUGCGCUUUUAUUCUGUCUCUUUAACAUCGUCAUGUCCAAAAACAAACUGACUUCGGUGGAUUUUGAGAUUUUUGGGAAUGUGCAGGGAGUUUGCUUCAGGAUGUACACAGAGGAUCACGGCAGUAGUCUGGGACUGAGUGGGUGGGUGAAGAACACCAGACAGGGAACUGUGAUCGGUCAGAUCCAGGGACCUGCGGACAAAGUCAAUGACAUGAAACUCUGGCUAAAGAGUGUAGGCAGUCCGGGCUCUCGAAUCGACCGAGCCGUCUUCUCCAACGAGAGAGACGUUUCUAAACUGGAGAUCCACGGCUUCUCCACCCGCUACUGAACAUCAUCAGCGACGUCACACCUGCAUAAACAAUAACAUUUGCUGUCACUCAAAGUGAAACUGAAAAAGUUGCCUAAUCAAUUAGUGAGUCAACAGAACAUGUUGGGUUAAAACAAUGUUAAGUUAUUUAAAAAAAUGUUGAUUAAUGUCGGAUAAAAACAUCAAGUAUCAGUUGAUUGAGGAAAUUACUGACCUUUAACUUUUUACAAAAUCGAUUGUAAAAAGUGGCAUCAUGUGUUUGGAGUUAAUUGAUCAUUUUGACUUAAAUAGAUUUAAACAUUUAGUCUUUCACAGAAGUCCAACUUUUCUCUCCCACCAAGUCAAUCCAUCCUGAUCAAUACCUGCCUGUUCACCUGUCAGUCAGUUAAUACGAAAGAACUAUUAUCAUGAAGUCAUCGUUCCAAUCCUAACGUCUACAUGAAAAGACCAUCAGACUCUCAUAUGUUCCUGGUGAGUCUUCCAGCGUCAGGUCAGGUCCUAAAGGUGCUCUUGACAUGCCCAUUUUACCAGGAUGCAUUGAAUGGUUACUUGCAUGAACUGACCAAAGCAAAUAUCCCAGAAUUCAUCUAGGCAUUUAAGGCAUUUAACAACUAGAAGUUUCAACAGUUUUUAUAUUUUAUUUCAUCACAAAAUUAACUUUCAAGAUUUUAUUAAUCAAGAAAUCAACUGUGUCAAAUAUGGAAAGUUUCAUAAAAUUGAAGGUCCGAGGGUCAGUUGGGCCCGCCCACAGUCCCGGCUCGUUACAGUGUUGGCCCAAAGUUUGUUUUUGUGGAUGAAUAAUACACUAAUUGAAGAAUUGGUCUAGACCUCUAAUUGGAUAGUGCCAUGAGAUACAUUUUGUUUUGAAUUGGUGCUGUACAAAUAAAGAUUAAUUGACUGAUUGUAGAUUAAAAUCAUGGCAUUGAUAAGAGAAAGGGGAUUUUCCGGUGAAAUACACAAACAGGUUUACAGGUAAAAGAAAACAGAAAAGCUUUCUGAUGAAACAACAGUGGCAGAGGAGAGCCGCGCCCAGCUGUCAUUCUGUUAACAUAUGUUUAAUAUUAACUACAUUUAUCGUACAUUUUAAAGCCACGACAGAAACAAACAUAUUGAGACCCUUUACUUCAGAAUAAUACUAAUAUCACACUGUGGAAAUAAUCAAGUACAUACAUCAUACAUAAUGCAAUAAAAGUCCUGUAUCAAAACCUGACUGAAGUCAGACUAUGUAAGUAUAAGCAGCAAAUUCUACUUGAAGUACUCAAAGUAAAAGUACUCUUUCUGCAGUAAUCUGUUCCUGUCAGUGUUUUCCUUAUAGAAGUUUGUGGAUUAUUCCCGCCACAUUAAUAUAUGUGUGUCAUUUUACUGCUGUCGAUGUUUAAGAUCGAGGUAAUUUCACUCCCUGUUGGCUGGUUUCAUCUGCAGCAAUGCAUCAUAGUCUACAAGCUCAUCAUGAGUUUAUCGCCUGGCUUUCCUGUGAGAACCUCAAAUCUUUUCUCACCUCUAUGACAAUGAUUUUUAAUCCAAGAGGAUUUUCAAGAGUUUAUUCACCUGAAGAACAUAAAGGACCAGUUCAUCCUUCAGUUCCUCACCAACACUCAACAGUUGCAUUAAAUGGAAAAACUAAAUUCAUCUUAUUUACUAACUAACUGUUGGUUUAUAUUUCAGCCAGAUGUAUUUACAUCUAGCCCUGCAUGUAGUGGUUCUUAACUUGAAUGCAUGUAUUGGCUGUCCUGUAAUGACUGGUUCCUCUAGUUCAGGGGUCACCAACACGGUGCCCACGGGCAACAGGUAGCCCCCAAGGACCACAUGAG